CGCUUCUGCUUGUAUACACCGUAGGUAGGUAAAUAACGUCUGCUGUCGCAGCGGGCUGUUUAUGGGGAGGCUGCAAAUUUUCUGUGGUGAAACCUUUAAGAAAUCAGUAGAAAAACAGUAUAGCGAAAUGGUUACGUAUGUUAUACGGCGGCGCUUGUGUGCUUUUGGAGUCUGGCUCACUAACGGAAUCACAAGUCUCGCGCGGGGCUUUCCCGGUGCUAUUGGUUUGAGCACCUGGUUGGCACGCCAGCGCCUGGACGCCAUUGGUCCGAGCUGGCGUGGAGACGACGGAGCGAGUUCCGGUUUCGCCUGGACACCAUUGGUCCGAGCUGGCGUGGAGGCGACGGAGCGAGUUCCGGUUUCGCCGGGACGCCGAUAGCCAGUGACGCGGUCUUUGGAGAAAACAGUUUAAAUCAAACGUGUGACUGAACAGCAAGUACAGAGAUUCGGGGGAAAAAAUAAGUGUUGGGUGAGCUGACACUAAUAGGGAACUUUGGGCAUCGACGAAGCUAUUGUAUAGCUGGAAUGAUUAUUGAUAUGGAUUCCCAGGAAAAGAAUUCCAACCCAGUAAAAGCAGAGGAGGCCAAGCUAAAAGCCAAAUACCCCAACCUGGGGCAAAAGCCGGCAGGUUCUGACUUCUUGAUGAAGAGACUACAAAAGGGUCAAAAGUACUUCGACUCGGGUGACUACAACAUGGCCAAGGCGAAGAUGAAGAACAAGCAGCUGCCCGCCACUGGGCCAGACAAGAACUUGGUGACGGGGGAUCACAUUCCCACACCGCAAGACCUGCCCCAGAGGAAAUCGUCAUUGGUGACCAGCAAGCUGGCGGGUUAGCGCAUCAGGCUUCUCUUCUGUCAGGCUGCGCUUGCUGCGAUCAUCUGCAAAAGUCAGUACGUUUGAUUUUGGGGUGGGAGGAGGCUUUAGGAAACACUUUCCCCAUGCAUACAGUGUAGUCUAACAUCCUUUGCUUUGCAACGUCACUUCCAUCUGUUUGGCAAGGCUUGAAACAUCAAAAGAAAUGGAGUCCCAAUAAAUAGGCCUUGUUUUUUUUUCCCCUACACAUCUGUAUUCGGAAUGAUCAAAAUGGGUUACCGAAGUCCUGUUGUAAGGGCACUGAUGCUUUUAAAAUAGCACUCGUACGUAGACACAUAAACAUUACUGUAAGCCCAGAUAAUCUCGAGUGGAACAGCUGCAGUCAGCCGAAAUACAAAGUCAUGUUGCUUUGCGAAUCAAGUUCACUGCUGCAAAAAUGGCAAGUUAUUGAUGAGAUGUAUAUUGCCUAUGAUAUAUUUCACAGACUUUAUUAGUGGAGACGCUUUUUCAAGCUUCUGCAUCUUGUCGAAUACAAUCCAAUACAUGCUGCCCUGUAUGUAUAUUUGAUUUCCUCCUAUGCGAGAGAAAUCUGUAACUACUCGAACUUGGAUCGGGACUUGAAUCCUUCUUAGCACACGUGUAAUAUUUGAUUGCUCAGCUGUUUUAGUUAUUUCCUUCAAAACUGAUGUGGCAAGCUGCAGCAACAUAUCCUAGAUUAUUUCUGAAUGCAGCUGUGGAAAUCUCAUUAAAUGGAAACUAAUUCUAGGGUAUGGUGGGGUAAUUGGCUACCUAAAUUUUGUGACCAAGUGUGGCUGAAGCAAAGGGUGUAUAACCAAAGAUGGCGUUUCAGAUUUUAUUUAGUUUCAUUUCAGUAAAAAUUUCAAAAACAGCAGCUGCAACAUUAAUAAUUGAUGGGAGACCUAAUUGUAUCAGAAUAAGUGCCCUAUAUGUUGCUAUGUAUUUGCUGAGUCAUGCACAGAAGUGGGGCAGUUAAGUCAGUAUAAUGUUCUUCUAUAUCUAGGAACGUUCUGUUUUUUUUAAUGCAAGGUACACACAAAAGGCUUCAGAUUAAAGAUGUAUGGAAUAAUUGAAACGCCUCAGAUAAUUACACUAUAUCAUCAUCAUGGGUUGUGUCCCUUUUGUGUUGGUGCCAGAUUAGAGCGAGUUUUAACGUUUGUUACAUUUUGUACAACCAUUUAUUUUGAAGACUGAAUGAAAGAUGGGAUUGUUGAAAAUUGUUUCGUUUAGGAAAGGUGAGGAGGCUCAGCGGCUGUCCGGGUGGGGCCGUGCACACAGGUCUGAGCGUUCGGGAGUUCGAUGUCAGUUCAGUGUCCCAUUUGCAGAUUCUUCUUGCGUGUCUGCGGGAUUCUUCUGAGAACUCAGAUCUCCUCUCACUAUCUAAAGACAUGCUGUUUAGAUGAACCGAUAACUCUAAAUUGCUCAUCCUGCCCAAUUGCGUCACAGAAUGUGUGUGUGCCCUGUGAUGGGCUAGUUCCCUGGCCAGGGUAUACACUGCCUUCACCCCAUUCAUUAAGGCACUUCUCUAGUUGUAAAAGCAGUUACUGAAAAUGGAUUCUGUGACAAAAGGGCGUAUGACGUAUUUGCAUUGGAAGCCAAGGAUGCUAGAGAUCUUGCAUACAAGCACUUUUAUGAUGAAUGUAUUUUGCACUUCUAGUUGUUUCAGGUAAAAUCAGGUUCAGUUAUCGAAAGGCAAAGCAUUUCUGAGUUUGGGUAUGUCUGUCCACAGAGGGAACACAGAGAUGUCAAUGUUAGGAGCAUUUCGCAUUUUUAAGGAACAUGUUCUCUUUU